AUGGCUGCCUCAGAUUCCCACGCCAACGGCGAAUCGUCCCGGACCACCACCGAUGCCACCGCGGCAGCAAGCGUCCCAUCAUCAAAGCCAUCUAAGCGAAAGGCGGAAAAGAUGCAGACUUCGCCCUCGGCAGCCGAUCUUACCGAUGCGAACGGUGUCAAGCCGCUGGCUCGCGCGGUUCUCGUCUGCAAGAGAUGCCGCUCCAAGAAGAUCAAGUGCGACCAGGCCUUUCCCGCUUGCGGAUCCUGUGUCAAGGCUGGCGAGCCCUGCGUAGGCAUCGACUCCGCCACCGGUCGCGAAGUCAGUCGCAGCUACAUCGUUGAUCUCGAGCACCAGAUCACGCAACUGCGCGCACAGAAUGCAGAGCUCGAGCGCCUUCUCGCCGAACGCCCAUCGUCUGGACCCCUCGAACCUGGCGCACUCGGCAUGAAGCGCCCACUGCAACACGUCGAGGACGAGUUCCCACUCGUAGCAUCCGACAAGUCUACCUCUCCUGACGCGCGCCCUCUCAAGCGCUUGGCAGCCUCCCCCGAAAGCGACAGAAAGCCAGAUCCGGCCCGUCCAUUCUUGCCCGGCCUCGUGCUCGGUCCCGCGGGCGUGGAAGUGUUGCCGUCCGAUGCAGACGGCCAUACGACAAGCGGAGCACGGCCCUCAAUGGGUCGUCUCAACUCGCACGCCAGUGGUCUUUCGCCAGCGCGUUUGCUGUGUCAGGCCAUCCAGCAAUCUGCACAGGCAGGGCUCCAUGUUCGCGAUCCUGGAUCCGCCGCACGGGUCCGCAGGUCCGGAACGCAGCGCCUGGGAGACGAGCUCAAUCGAAGGGCAACGACUCUCUCAUCCCAAGAUCCAGCCAAGCUCCUCAGCGAAUCGCGCGAGGCGCAAGACGGUGGCGCCAAGGCCGAAGCCAGACUGGGCUCGCCGCAGAGCGGAUCUGCCACCCCUUCCGACACCAAGAAGAACUCGCCCUUCGACGACGGUGAUCCGAUGCAGUACGCCACCGCCACCGAAACGGCUGAUAUCACGGUCCCUGCUCCUGAACAAGCUCUCAAGCCGUCGCCACUUCCAGCUCCCUUCCCGCCCUUGUCGAUAGCCAGGAAGCUCAUCGAUGCCUACUUCGAGCGCGUCAAUCCUCAACUGCCCAUCCUCGAUCGAUCUUCAUUCAUGACGCGAUUCGAGAAAGCUUGCAAGCUCGGUCUCGAGCGCGCUAGAGCAAAGCUGUCGGCCCACGAACGCGGCACGCAGGAGGAUGACGAUGACAAGCUUGCGAUAGAGCUGCAGCCAGCCGAUGGCCACCUCUUCCACCUGGUGUUUGCCAUCGCGGCUGCAAUGGGCUGGACGCGCUCCAGCUGGAGUGCCGAAAAUCAUCACGAAGCCGCCAUGCGCUUCCUCGACCCCAGACGCUUGGCCACGCCCAACCAGGAGGGCAACGUCGGCGCCAUCAUGGGCCGAGAUGCUCUCGAACAGCUCCAGUGCCUGUUGCUCACGGCUCUCUACUCGAUCAUGCGGCCCAUGAAGCCAGGCGUGUGGUACUGCCUCGGCGUAGCUUUGCGGCUCACCACGGGCAUCGGACUUUAUACGGAAACGCCAGGCGUGCUCGAAGCUUCAGCGAGCGCCUCGCAAGUUGUGGGUGAGACGCUGGCGGAGAAGAAGCGCCGGCUUUUCUGGUGCUCGUACGCACUGGAUCGUCAGGUCUGUGUCCACCUCGGCCGGCCCUUUGGCAUCGCUGACUCAGACAUCAAGGUCAACCUGCCAUGGGUCGACAGCGCUGGGGACAUGAUCCAAGUCGCGAUCGAGCAUCAAGACUCGGACGUGCGACAAGCAGGCUCGGCCGAGAACGAUGGAGACUCUUCGAUCGAGAUCGCCCGUCGAGAAGCUGCCUCUACUCUGGCAGCGCUGCAAUCCAGCACAAGCGAGCAGCACGACUCGAAUCGACAAGUCGCGCCCGUGUCGCUGCCCAAGCCAAAGGACGCAAGCCGAUGGGUGUCUUUGUCGUUCUUCCGCAUGCGCAUUCUGCAGUCCGAGAUCCAAUCGAUCCUCUACCAGAACGCAGAGCUGCCUCGCCGCUUCAGUAGCUACGGACACUGGAAGAACGACGUCCUGCAGAGGCUGCACGCAUGGAGACUCUAUGCGCCUUCUUCCAAGGCUGAGCUCGAGGCGAACGGUUGCGGCUACAAUCCCAUCUUCCUCGAGCUCAACUACCAGCAGACGCUGCUGAUGGUGUAUGGGCUUAGUCCACGAUUCCCAAACGCGUCUCGCAAGGAUCUUGCAAGCGUCGAAGAGUGCAGCCGCAGCAUCAUCAACAUGUAUGCGACRYUGUCCAAGGAAGGUCAAAYGAACUACACCUGGAUGACSGGYCACAACGUAUUCAUCGCCUGCACGAGCUAUCUGUACGCGAUUUGGCAGAUUAGCGCCACCGAUCCGGCCUCGUUCCGGUCCAGUGUCACGCUUGGCUUUCGCAACAAGGUGGACGAGAUCCACCACUUCGCCGCUGCUUGCGACAAGGUCCUCUCUUCGCUCCAGUGGGCGACGGCCGAAAAGUGCCGCAAAUGCUUGCGUACAAUGUUCUAUGCCACCUCGGUGGUAGUGGAGAAGAUCGACCGCGCGGCGCCAGCUGCAAUUGAUGGCGGGUCGCGUAUGAAGAAUCCGCACGACCGACCUGCUGACCGUAGCACUCAGCGGAGCAAGUCUGGCGCAAACACGAUCAAGAAGCCUCAUCCUCCAUCUCCAGGGCGAGAAAGCAACUCGCUGCAUGCUUCCGCUUCCCCGCAACGUCAUGCUCAAGGCACCUCGCCGGCCCCUUGGUCUUUGUAUGCGCAGGACCGGGACUGGCGCCAGCCGACCCUGGACAGAACGAGUGACUCUGGACCGGCCCAGCCUCCGGCAGAGGCAUCGGCGCACGCGCCACGCUGGAAUCAGCGCCCAGGCGCGGCACGCUCUCCGCCGCAACAGUCCACUGCUUCUUGGCCGGCAGCCGAGCUUGGACACGACCGCUCGGCGACAUUGCAUGAUCCGUAUGCCAGCAGCAGUGGCGCCACGCCAAGCCGCGGGCUCGACACGGGUGGUGGCAUUACCGACGCGUCGAGUACGAGCCAUGCAUGGUACGAGGCGGGGCCCGGAACGAGCCCUAGAGUCAUGUUUCCGGACAGCCCGUCCAACUUUGACAUCUCGUCGCUUAUGGCGACGUCCGCGAUGGAGCUCGACGCGCUGUUCCGGGAAGCAGGUCUGUCUGCUGGCCCCUCGGGUGACCAACGCGGAUGGGAGACCAGCACGCCGGCGAUGCAGCACAGCGCCUUGGGUCCAGCACCGACGCUGCACGGAGCCGCCGGGGGACGGGAGCCAAGUGCGCAGCACUACGUGCAGGGUGAAGCGCUCAGCUUCUACGACUCGGUCGGUGGCAGCAUUGAAGGCACGGAUGCAAGCAAAUGGGGCUUCUCAGCGGGCGCGGGACCAGGUAUCAACGUCGAGCAUCGUAUGGCAGAAGGCAUGGGCCAAGGCGAAGCAUUCGAUUCGGAUUGGGAGGCUCUGGGGUUCGGAUACCGCAUAGCGGCCCCUACCGCGUACAACACAUUUGCAGAAACGGUGACAGAUGCGCAGCAGCGCGGUUUCACCAGCAUGCGGGGCGAAGUGCAGUCCACUGGCGCUGCUAAUGCUGCGUCCGCUGGCAAUCCUGCAACCGGCAACAUGGCCGCGACCGAGUUCGAUCACCGUUUCCUCGAUUCGCACAUGGGCUUCUGA